AUGAAUAAGCCAAUUUUCCUAGGUGAUGCAGCCUCAGUAUCUGCCAGUUAUUUAAAAUCCCCCAAAGCCUCACCAAAAACCCAAACAAGCCAUAGACAUUCCCUAUCACCUGAGAUGAGGUCGUUAAGAUUAAUAAGUCUCAAAAAUCUCAGACAAGAGCGAUCAAUUUUAAAAUUUAGUUCAAACAGCCGAGAGUCAAGCCCUGACGACAUCCAGUCAAAGGUAGAGUCCAUAACUGAGCAAUGGCAUCAAAUAAAAUCAGGGCUCUCAGCUCGCCCUCAAGCUGAAAACCACAAACUGAGUAGAUAUUUAAUCAGAGCUCGGUCAGCUGAAAGACUUCAAAACGACCACUCACAAGAACUGCUAAAAAUUGCAAUAAAAGCGUCAUCAGUAUUACAAAAAGAUAGUUUUUGUAAAAACUUAGAAAAUUCGAGUAUAAAAGAAACCCAGGACACUGAUUGUUCUAUGCAUCAAGAAGAAAAAUUUUUAUCAUUCCUACCUGUACCUUGCGCGACUGAGGUUAAAACAACAAUUAAUAGAGCAAAACCAUCAUUAGUGAUGGGAUAUAAAGGUAAAAAACCUCCAAGACUGAUAAAAAAAAAUCAAGAAAAUGUAGGGAAGCCAUUUGAAACAUGCUAUAAGCUGUUUUUAGAUUCUUAUAAAAAGGUUAAUGUAUAG